CUUUUCCCUAAAUAAGGAUCAUCCUCUAACAUUCUGCUAAUACCUCUGUAUUAAGUUUAUGACAAAACCCAAUCAGUGUUAAAAUCUUGAACGGUUGAACCCAAUCGGUUUUCUUGUAGCUGUACCGAUUCAAAGCACCCCCGGCCUCCACAAUCAGAUCAUCCUCUUCCUCGGACGUUGCUUCCCAUCGGCAAAGCAAUCUCGCCGCACUAAGAACCCUACGCGAAUAAGUCUCGCGCGUCACUGUUCAAGAAAAAGUUGAAUUAGUUCAAGAUUCAAUCGCUGCUCGUCUAAAAAAAUAAAGCAGCCAGCGACUUCUAACCCCUUCAGGCGACGUACCCAUCUUACUUUGAACGAUUUGAGGGAACAUCGUACAUAGUUGUUCUGUUAGCCUAAUAUUGUUAUGACCGACUCAAGGUCUGAAAGGAGUCGUGAAAUGAGAGAUGGGGAGAAAGAGGACAAGGAUGUGUUGAAAGAUCGGCUGCUCACUAGAGAAAGAAGGAAGGGAGACAGAGAUGAUCCAGAAAAGGAAAAGACAAAAGACAGGGUUCGAGAAAAAGAUAAUGACAGGGACAGGCACAAAGACAAAGAGAGAGAUAGAGGAAGCGAGAAAGAUCGUAGGCAUCAUGAAAAGGACAAAGAUAAGGACAAGGAGAGGAUGAAAGAUAGAGAAAAAGACAAAAGCAGGGACAAAGACAAGGAUAGAGAUAGGGACAAGGAGAGGGUGAAGGAUAGAGAAAGAGAAAAGGAGAAGGAUAGAGAAAGAGAAAAGGAGAAGGAUAGAGAGAAACAGAGAGAAAGGGAAAGCGGAAGGGAUUAUGAUAGAGUGAGAAGUAAAGAUGCAAAUGAAAAAGAAAAAGGAAAACAUAGAGCUAGGGAUCAUGAAAGGCAGAAGUCCAGAGACACAGAUGGAAGCAUUCGGAAACUACACGAUGAGGAUCAUAAUAGGAGGAUGGAUAUGGGAAAAGAUGAGGUGUCAAGGUUCAAUGGUAAAGAUGGUGAUGAUGGGGACUUCUCUGAACAUGAUAAGGCAGCCCUAGCUGAUGAUGAUAAUAUCAAGAUGUCUUUUAUGAGGGAUGGACCUGUUGGAUCGCAAUCUUCUGUUUCAGAACUGGAGGAGCGCAUUUUGAAGAUGAAGGAAGAGAGGCUGAAGAAAAAAUCAGAUGGUGCCUCUGAGAUUUUAGGAUGGGUUAAUAAGAGUCGCAAGAUCGAGGAGAAAAAGAAGGCUGACAAGGCUAAAGCCUUGCAGCUCUUUAAGAUGUUUGAAGAGCAGGAUAAAAUUGAUCAAGACGACGACGACGUUGAAGAAACAAACCAUCGAUCUGCUGAUGAGCUGGGCGGGGCAAAGGUUCUCCAUGGGCUUGACAAAGUGCUUGCAGGGGGUUCAGUUAUCUUAACACUCAAAGAUCAGAGCAUACUUUCUGGUGAUGACAUAAAUCAAGAGGUUGAUAUGCUUGAAAAUGUCGAAAUUGGAGAGCAGAAGCGGAGGGAUGAUGCAUAUAAGGCUGGAAAGAAGAAAACAGGAAUAUAUGAUCAGAUUGAUGAGCCUGGUUCUGAAAAGAAUAUGCUUCCCCAAUAUGACGAUCCGAUGGAGGAGGAGAGCGUGGCUCUUGAUGAGACUGGACGUUUCAGUGGUGAUGCAGCAAAGAAACUGGAAGAGCUCCGGAGAAGAAUUCAGGGGGUUACCACAAAAAGCUAUGCUGAAGAUCUCAAUUCUUCUAGCAGAGUAUUGACAGAUUAUUAUACUCAUGAAGAAAUGCUUCAAUUUAAGAAGCCCAAGAAAAAGAAAUCACUAAGAAAGAAAGAGAAGCUGGACAUAAAUGCCCUUGAAGCAGAGGCUAUUUCUACUGGAUUGGGUUCCGCGGAUCUUGGUUCUCGGAAUGACAAGACAAGGCAACACCUGAAGGAGGAGGAUGAGAGAGCAGAGGCUGAGAAGCGAGACAAGGCAUACAAGUUUGCAUAUGAAAAGGCUCAAGAAGCAUCUAAAGCACUUCGACCUGAGUACAAUCUUACUUCUAAGGAAGAGGAAGAUGAUGAUAUUGUGUUUGAUGAUGACGAUGAUGAGGAGCUUAGAAAAUCAUUGGAAAGGGCAAGAAAAUUAGCUCUGAGAACUCAAGAGGAGGUUGUUAAAUCUGUACCAGAGACCAUUGCUUUGCUUGCUUCCACUUUGAAUGAAAACAAUUCUACUGUAGAUAAUAAUAACCAUGACUCUGGGGACUUGCAAGAGAAUAAGGUUGUCUUCACAGAAAUGGAAGAGUUUGUUUGGGGCCUUCAGCUUGAUGAAGAUUCAAAUAAACCGGGUGAUGAGGAUGUUUUCAUGGAAGAAGAUGUUAUACCCAAUUCUCCGGAUAAAGCAUCUAUAGAUGAGGACGGUGGCUGGUCUGAGGUGAAAGAAGUCACGGAAAAAGAAACGGACUUACAGAAAGAGGAUGAGGAGAAGACAGUUCCAGAUGACACAAUACAUGAAGCUGCUGUCGGGAAGGGGUUAUCUGGAGCUCUCAAACUCCUGAAAGAUCGAGGAUCACUCAAGGAAACAAUCGAAUGGGGUGGUCGAAACAUGGACAAGAAGAAAAGUAAGCUUGCCGGUAUUAUUGAUGAGGAGGGGCCUAAAGAAAUACACAUUGAAAGGACCGAUGAAUAUGGUCGAAUUUUGACUCCAAAAGAGGCAUUUCGACAGCUGUCCCAUAAAUUUCAUGGAAAGGGACCCGGCAAAUCAAAACAAGAAAAACGCAUGCGACAAUAUCAAGAGGAGCUAAAGAUUAAACAAAUGAAAAAUUCAGACACACCAUCGCAGUCGGUGGAGAGAAUGAGGGAAGCUCAAGAAAAGCUAAAGACACCUUAUUUGGUCCUAAGUGGAAAUGUUAAACCCGGGCAAACUAGUGAUCCCAGAAGUGGUUUUGCAACUGUUGAGAAGGACUUUCCUGGAAGUUUAACACCCAUGCUUGGUGAUAAAAAGGUUGAACACUUUUUGGGCAUAAAGAGGAAACCUGAGCUGGGCGGGGACUCUGCCUUACAAAAGAAACCCAGAAACUGAUUGGCCAGUGUUUGUAAUGUACUCCGUUUUAAAGGUUGGUUAGAAGCAACUGGUGCUAAACUCUACAUUCUCAAGUUUAAAUUCGUCCUCAAUCUUGUCUCUAAGCUCAAUUUUAGAUUUUGUAUGUGUUGGAUGAGUUUCACUUACCUUGCUUUGAAUAUGUAGGAGUACGCUUUGGUCUUUCAUUUUCUAUACUUUUGCAUUUGCAAAGUAUACCUUUGAAGUCUUUGCUAACCAAUAUCUGCUGACCAGUAGCCACUUCAUUUUUAUGUUUUAUGUUCUCUGAGUGACUUAUUUUAUCAAUUUGGUUCUACUUAUAGUAAUUCCUUGAAAUAAUAAAAAUUAAACGGUCAUGCUCAUAAUUUAAAACAUGUGAGGUAAGUUCCGACUCUGAGUUUUAUUUGAUAUAUAGUAAUUUAAAUGUUACCUUAAUUGAGUUAAAAGUAUUUCCAAUCUUGCAUCAUUGUAGGCCAAAAUUGUAAUGUUUUCUGCAAUGAAUGAUACUCUCUAGCUCUGGGUUUUAGUUGUUGAAGGUCACCGAUUACCAAGGCUCCGUUGUAAAAUUUAUGGAUGCUUAAACCCUAAACCCAUAAGAUAUGCAUGCAAAACAUAUGAGUUGCCCCUACCACUAACCUAAUAAUAAGUAACAAAUUAGUGAUUCAUAAGCUGUACCCAUAAUUUGUUCAACCAUGCGAACAGUCCUUAAACCAGAUAAACUCAUCCACCUUAAUCCUAAAUUCAUCCAACACUAGGUUUAUAGAUAUAUAUACAUGCCAAGAAAAUAAACUGCUCCACUGGAUAGCCCCACCUUUAUCAGGAAUAUACAACAAGAAAUUAACAAGUAUGAAAGCAGCAGCAUUGAUCUUCUCUGUUGUGUUCCUCCAUUCACUUGAGGCCAUAACAGAGAGCCAUUGGAGUAGAAAGCCGGUCAGCGCGGUUUGUGCAUCCCAGAUCACUCUGGUCAACCAUGCAUGUUCUUUUCUUAUCAUCAACCCGAGCCCUCCGCCCGGUUCUGUUGGGGGGCAACACCACCACCACCGCAGGACACAUCACGGCCACCACCACCAUUCCCCGGAGGAAGAGAUUUGCUGCAGAUGGUUGAAGGAGGUGGAUGACCAGUGCGUUUGUGACAUGCUAGUCAGUUUGCCUCCUUUUCUCGCUAGGCCUCUGCACCAGUUCACUGUCCAGGUCGGCGAUUCUUGCUUCCAGACCUACCGGUGCGGUACUCCCAUGAUCAGGAUGGAUUAAUUAUACGGAGUAGUAUACUUCGUAUAUAAUAAAUUGAAGUUAAUGAAAUUAAGUUAUUGAAAUUUGUAUACUUGCAUGCAUACGUGCUUGCAUGUGUCUGGAACCGAUCAUUAUGUACGUAUAGUAGUGUGAUGGGAAAAGCAAAGAAAAUUUGAAGGUUAUCUUAGUGGUUUCCAGUUUACUAAAUACUUGGAUGGUUUGAAUAUUGGAUACGAAUGUAACAGAGUUACCAUGGUAAUACACACAUUUUAAUUUGUCUUACUA